AAGAAACAGUAGAACACGUCACAAUUCACUGUGAAACAUACAAAGAGGAAAGGAAACAACUUCAGGUGGCAAUUCAAUAAAUGGCGAUUAAUAGUUUUACUUCAAAAGAUUUGGUUAGUUAUGAAAAUAACCGUAGCUCGUGACACAGGGUAUUUUUUUCCAGUAUUUAAAAUCUAUAGGGCUUUAUGGGGAUGAUUUACAGUAGUUUGAGUUCUAAACUUUUAUUUAUUUUUUCCCCUCAUAUUCUGCACCACACUCCAGUCCAGGUGGUGGCAGUAAAGCACCAUAAGUGGGUCUGCCAACUGCCAUAAAAAGCCAAAAGAAAGAAGAAGACAUCGAGCGAGAGAGAAGAUGUCAUUUCCUGUAACUGUUCCAGUCUAUAGAUGAGGCGGAGGAGACCUGCAUGCAAUGGAGAUAAAGACUAGAAAUAUUAAGGAGGAGGUGGACUGUGAAUGGGGUUGUGUCCACCCUGCUCAGGGGAGCUUUUCCAUUAAAAAUGAGAAUUGUGAACAGGGGACAGUGCACAUUAAGGAAGAAACGGAUGAGAAACCUAUCAUCGGUGAUAUGCAGAAACAUAAAAUUAUGAACAGAGUGAAGAAUGAAGACCUUCAUUCAGGGUCCAUCGGUCAGCCUGGCUCUAAAGAUCGAGGUGUACAAGGAUUGGUCUUCCCUCAGAGUAGAAACUGUUCUGUUCAGGAGUAUUUUAUCAGUGUAAAGUCUGAUGUUUAUUUAGAUACAAUGACCAGUGAGGAAAAAUCACGGAGAACACCAGGAGGUCAGCCACCAUCUACAAAUGAAUGUGGAGAAGAUACACAGGAGAGUCUCUGGUUUUCUCCAUCUUUAUCUGUUCAGUCUACAAUUCAUGACAGAAGGCAGACACUGCAUAAUGAAAAUAUGAAGAAAUCAUCUGAGCCACAAACGUUGUCACCAGCCCCUUUGCAGUGUAUUUCUAAGCCUGCUGUGAAACAUACAAAAAUAGACAGAACUAAAACUCAAGAACAGGAGCAAAAUUCAAAUUCAGGAGCUUUGUCUGUAUGCCAAGAGCAAAGGAAAUGUUUUAAAAGGAAAUCCAAAUAUGAAGGAAAUCAGUUGAACCUGGCAAGGCUACAGACAUAUAACUGUUCUGAAUGUGAAAAACAGUUUUCAAAAAAGGAAUAUCUUGAGACCCACCAAAGAGUUCAUACUGGAGAGAAGCUAUAUUGCUGUUCAGAAUGUGGCAAACAGUUCUGUUACAAGAGUAGCCUUAACACCCACAUGAAAACUCACACUGGAGAGAAACUAUAUUGUUGCUCUGAAUGUGGUAAGCGAUUUUUAAAAAACAGCCAUCUUCAGAUGCACACCAGAAUUCACACUGGAGAAAAGCCAUAUUGCUGUCCUGAAUGUGGUGGAAGAUUUCGUGUCAAGAGCAAUCUUCACAGUCACAUGAACUGCCACAUUGGAAGGAAGCCAUAUUGCUGUGCUGAAUGUGGAACACAAUUUGCGCAAAGCAGCCAUCUGGAAAACCACAAAAGAGUUCACACGGGAGAGAAACCAUAUUGCUGUUCUGAAUGUGGAAAACAAUUUUCACAAAUCGGUGCUCUUCAGACCCACACACGAAUUCAUACUGGGGAGAAGCCGUAUUGCUGCUCCGAAUGUGGCAAAAGAUUCUCGGACAAGAGCAGUCUUAACUUUCAUAUGAGAAAUCACACGGGAGAAAAGCCAUAUUGCUGUUGUGAAUGCGGAAAGCGAUUCUCACAAAUGAGCAAUCUUAAGAACCACAAAAGAAUUCAUACUUCAGAGAAGCAAUAUAGCUGUUGUGAAUGUGGCAAACAGUUCUCUCACAGAAGCCGACUUAACAGCCACAUGAGAAGUCACACAGGAGAGAAGCCAUAUUGCUGUUCUGAAUGUGGGAAACAAUUUUCACAACAGGGCAAUCUACGUAGACAUACAAAAAAUUCACAUUAGAAAGAAGCCAUAUUGCUGUUAUGAAUAAGGCAAAUCAAUCAUCAUGAGUUGGGCAUCUUCAGAAGUACACAAAAAUUCACACCACAAAGAAAUCAUACUUAGACUGUACUGAACAAUUCUCAAAAACAAGCAAUCCUCAGUCACACACGCGUCCGUAUCAGAGAGAAAACAAAAUAUCAAUAGAAAAUGAAAACUAAGUGGCAACAAAUAUACGGAGUAUACAUUGACCUCCUGCUCUAGCCUCAGACAGAUUAAUAGCAAACCCAUAGAUGGUUUAACAGUGUUGAGCAAAGAUCGAGACACGAGCACCUAAUGAACAACAUAGUAAUCUAUGAACAUGGUGAUUCAAGAUAUCAAAACACAGAUAAGUGUGAGACCAAGACACUAGGACCACAUUGCAGAUCGAAUGACAAAAAUCAAGAAUGUGCUGGUCACAUGGGAUAUUACAAUCCCAAAUUAUAGAAAAAUUGAAGCUGGGUAACCAGGUGAAGCUGUUACAGGAAAAUGGAAGUUUCAGUCCAAAAUUAGUACUCCAUGCUGCUAUUGGAAGGAUGGAUAAAACAGCCAGUACCAUGAAAUGCAAAAGAAAUGAUGUGAGGUCAGUAUAGUUUUAUGACUCAUUUUCAAGAUAACCAGGUUGGCUGCUUUAUGCCAAAUUCUUCUUCUGUGUCACAUAUCAGCAUCUUUUCACCUCAUCAAUGUGAUAUUUCUUUGGUCAAGUAGUCCCCUUACCACAAUUAGACCAGGACUUCACCCAGUCAUCAUCAUCAUACUUUCGCAUCAUAUCCCUAUACCAUCUAUAGCUGAUCUUUGUCAGCUUCUUAUUUAUACUGCUGCACCAGUUUCUCACAUUCCAUGCACUUGAUAGAGUUUGGACCUACACCUCUACCACAUACACUGCAUAGCCACCUUCCAGAUUCAUCUGUAGUUCACAGUAUGAUCACCUUAACUUUUAUCUAGGAUAGUUGUUAAUUCCAUUGUGCCUAAUCUGUUUUUCCAUUUGAGGAACUUUUUCUCUUAAUUCUUCCUCACUAUCAGCAAUUAUAACCUAAUCAUCUUCAUGUAGGAGAUCCAUUGGUAGUCCUGGUCUUAUUUCUCUAGUUACUGUUUAUCUAUCUA